UCCCGUUAGCGGUGAAGGUGCAACAGUAAUCGGUCGUCCCGAGCCCGGGUUCAUCCGACACCCUCACCAACUCAAGCUGAACUGAGCUCAACCUACACAGCAGCAACAUGCCUCCCAAAUUCGACCCCAACGAGAUUAAGAUUGGUAUGUUUUCUGUGUCACCUGGGUAAUAAAGAAGCUUGUUCACAGCCAACAUGGAGGCGCUGUGUGCCGGCUGCCUCCGGGGCCAGCGGCCUGUGAACGGCCGAAAGAAAACGUGUACAUGAGGUGCACAGGAGGAGAAGUUGGAGCCACCUCAGCCCUGGCCCCCAAAAUCGGACCUCUGGGUCUGUCUCCCAAGAAAGUUGGUGACGACAUUGCCAAGGCCACCGGUGACUGGAAGGGCCUGAGGAUCACCGUGAAGCUGACCAUCCAGAACAGACAGGCAGCGGUCGAGGUCGUUCCCUCUGCUUCAGCUCUGAUCAUCAAGGCUCUGAAGGAGCCUCCUCGUGACAGGAAGAAGGUCAAGAACAUAAAGCACAGUGGAAGUGUGACCUUUGACGAGAUUGUGGGCAUCGCUCGCGUCAUGAGGCCUCGCUCCAUCGCCAGAGAACUCUCCGGAACCAUCAAAGAGAUCCUGGGAACCGCUCAGUCCGUCGGCUGCACCAUCGAUGGCCGUCCUCCCCAUGAUGUCAUCGAUGACAUCAACAGCGGAAAAGUCGAGUGUCCAUCCGAGUAAAUGACAAAUAAAAUGCUCACACAAACUGAAA